AUGGAUGACAAUGCUAGGGGAAUGGCCUCAAAAAUACUCUGUGAUUUGCUGAACAUUUCAAAGGGGGACAGCGCGUCUGCAAACUGUGAGAAUGGUAACAUUGCUUACAAAUUCCUAGUCUUUACUGUGUCUUGAAUUUUCGAUUUCUCCUUCGUUUCUGGAAGGCGGAAUUUAGCUCCCUCAGGCUGGAAAAUAAUAGACUUUUUAUGAAGCUAGUUAGAAGACGAUUAACUCAGUGCUUAACUGCAAGAUAAAAACUUUUAACAAUUAAAUUAAGCUAUCUGCAAGUUUGUAGCUAGUUUAGUUUAUAUUCCGUGUAAAAUUAAAGACAACUUGUAAUUUUAAGUUUUUGCCGGUUUUGGCGCGUAUUUUUCUUCAAGUGGAACUAGCUAGGUUUAAGAUCCAAACACCAAUACCUCUAUUUUAUUAUUAUUAAUUUUCAAUAAUGUGUAAUUAAUUUGUCCUUACUGCUGGUUUUCAACAAAGUGACAAGACAGCAGCCAUGCUGGUGGACAAAACAAUAAAAUUCUCCUUUGCAGAAUUUGCACAUAAAAAGAGUUUAGUUCCCAGUGGAGAGAAACUCUUUUGUUUUUGUCCACCAGCAUGGCCGCGGUGACGUCAGCUGAAAACCAGCAUUAUUGUCUCCUGUCACGAGUGUUUGAAAUGCUUUUGCUCUCUCAGUCAUAAAAAAUGUACUUUGCAUCAAAUAAUCUUGUGAGACUGAUAAAGAACUCAGGCCUCUCAUCUUUUUAAAGUAAUUGCAAUCCUUGAUUUAAAUUGAACUCACUAAGCUGUUUUGUCUGUUAACAUUUUGGCAUAUCUUAUUUUACGUCCCCUCAUCCCAUAGUGCUGGCUCCUAGUUUGCCUUUCUCCUUUCCGAAUCUCAUAUGAAAUAAAAAAAGAUGGCCAAUUUUCACUUCCAUGUUCCUUUUAUGGAUUGUAUGUCAACCGAUGUAUCAGCUGACAUUUCGGUCACCUGUUGGUCGACGUAUCAGAUGCCAUAAUUUAUUGGUCAAGUGUUGGUCAAGUAAUUGGCCAGUACAGUCUAUUGGUUGAUAGUUGGUUAUUACUUUGCCAUUGGAUCACUGACAAAUCAGCGACACUUGGUUGUUGUAACGGUUAACUAGCAUUUUGACAUAUCUUUCGAUAUAUUGGUCAAGCCUUGCUCGAAUCUCAGUUGAGACUAUAUGUACUGCGUGAGUUUGAUAUGAAAUAUUGGAAGGUAUGAGGGUGGUUAGUGACUCUGUCUUGGGUGUCAUUCGAGUGGUAUAUCGGUUCUGCUGACCGACUCUUGACCGACACUCGACUGACACUCCACCGACAUAGCAACCAAUGCUGACCAUCGGUCGUCUGAGAUGCUGCUCAAUACUGUAACUCAGUCGACAGCCCCCUAUAAGACACAUGCUCCUCUUUGAUGUAUCCUGCCCCUCCAUCACCCUAGAUCAUGCAUCCAUAUGUCCCAGACAUCCUUCUGUAACAUUUAUAUGAAACCUAUUAAAUUCAAAAUCAUUAUCACCUUCACUUUGCUUCUCCUUUUUGUUUAUAUGUUGGUCUACAUAUUGACGUCAGUACCUUUUGUCCCAUUAGAUAAUAAAGUAAACAAUGAUACAGAAAGACAAGGGAAUGGUGAGAGAGAUCUUGACGAUUCUAUAAGGUAUGGAGUGUAGAGCUGCUGUAUGGCCUGCAUAUUCUCAUAACCUGUAGAUAUUACCCCACGUGUUCCAGAUAAUUUUCCUUAAUCAAAAGCAACCAUUCAGAAACUGAAAUGUGUACUGAGAGAGAUGUUGCCAGUUACCUUUGUACCAGUCCUGUCAAUGCUUGACUUCACUUACUCGUAUUAGUUAUUAAAUUGGUAUCUGAUUCAUAUGCGGGGAUUUUCCCAACUUACUGGCACAGUCUAAGAACACAGAAACACCUGAUCAUCUAGGAGUUUCCAGUCCUUACUUGAUUAUUGGAAUGUCUAGGGAAUAGCUGUCUCAAAUUGUCUGUUUUUUUGUCUUACUCAGCUGCUUAGUUUUACUAAAAUACUACUACUACUACUACUGCUACUAAUAAUAAUGAUAAUAAUUAAUAAUACUGUUAUUCUUUCUGUAGUGAAACAGCCUCAACUGAAAGUUCUCUUUCUCCUCUGAGAAGGGUAAGAAUCAUUCUUUGUAAAUUGAUCAAAAGAUUUAGUUUGUAACUCACUCAUAUCAUUCUGUAAAGCUAUUUAUUAAAUGAAUGAAUCAGUGAAGGUGCAAUAUGAUGUUAAUACCAUGUUCUGAUUGGCCACCUGGGCAGGCAGGAUGGGCCCAUCUCACCCCGCUCAGGAUUUCCCGUGUUGGUCUUACAAUAAAAAUUGCUCUUUUUCACCAUUAUAAUAAAUCCUUUAUUGACCAACAAUGAGGGACAAAAGUGUCUAGGCACUUCUAUAAAAUAGUCCAUUUUUGCUUAAUGGACUUAUCUAACCCCUCCCCCUGUGUACCCCCACACCUCCCCUCAAAAUCAGUUUUGUAGUUAAGACCCUCACGUCUUCUUUGACUACAAACAACAUUGAUUCAGGGGUAGGGGGACUUAUUUAUUUAUUAUUUUAUUUAUAGGGUAGAGGGACUUACAGCAUUUAAACAGAUUUAGAUGAUAAGUGAAUGAAAUUGUUGAGAAAUGCGUGCCUUUUAGACAAGUGUCUGAACUUCUUUUGUCCCUAAUUGUUUGAAAUAAUUAUUAUGAAACUAUGUUUUGCGGCUUGAUUUUUGACUCUGAUGAGUUUUGGGGUGAUGCCCUUGCUUUAUGGGCCAAAUUGUUUAUGAACAAAAAUUUGCAGUAGUUUAUGUACAACAAAAUGUAUGAAGCAUAUGUCAUUACUCAUUCUUGUAUUGCUGUGCACGUCCCUGAUAUGCUGUGGAGUUGAGGGGAGGUCAUUUGUGUUAUGAUCACUGCUGUUGCUGUGGAUGUAACCUUUUUACAAGUGUUCUCAAUAGUUGAAAAACGAUGGAGACAGAAAAUUGAUCUGGUGAAUGAUUAACUUAAACAGGGGAAAUACCCUAUUUUUGACAUUGUGCUUGACAACUAUUAGGGAAAGAAUGUGGAAAAUACAGGGACCUCUUGAUUGUUGGGCCAGGGAAUUGUUUUGUUCUUGACUCUGCUCACUCUAACCAUACACAUAACUGCUGUAAUCACAUUAGCCUAGAUAAUCAAAUUAGUCUUAACUAAAGAUAUUGUAUUUCUCCAUGCAAAUAGUCAGUGUAUUCCAUUGAAGCUUGCAGGUGGCUUGACAGCUAAAAUGCACAUCAUCUACUUUACAACACAUUUGUACAUUGUCUAUGUUCUCCCUUCUGCAAAGGGUAAAUUCAUCACAGAAUUGACAAUGAAUUUGCACUCUGUUACAGGGAAAGGAACACAUGUCUGAUGUGUCCAUGUCUGACAGUGAAGGAGUUAAUUCAAGGAUGUCCCUUGAACCUGUAAAACAAGUCAUGUAAGCUGCAUUUUUAAUUUGCUUUUUUUUCUCAUGAUGAUCAAACUAUUAUGCUCCUAAUAAUACUGUCCAUUAUACUUGACAUUCUUUGAUUUUAGGGAUAAUUGUGUCCUUUUUUUUUCUGAAGUCCUUUGACGGGGAAUGAUAGUGAAGGAAGCAAAUCAGUUUAUGGCAGUGAUGUAGAAAUUUUAACCAGACAAUCAGCUGCUUCAACAACAUCAACAGCAAGCAAUAAGGUAGGGCUGAAAAGUACUAGUGUCAAACUAUUAAUAUCCUAUCCAAGGAGAGUUGCUGUACUUGUAUAUGCUUCAUUCUGCAAUUUCUGGAUACCUUGGGUCACUCAUAUGCACCUGUAAGCAUGAUUGACUUUAAUGUAAUUUAAACCACUUGGCCUAGGGCUGUUCCUUGGGGCUGGGGGCUGGUAAUUUUCCCUGGCCACCAUGAGCAUGAACUCAGGGCUGUUACUAAGAUUUCAAUUUUUAUUAAAAGUAGGUGGGAAGUGAACAGCUAGGAAGUUCUUGAUGUUCUUGUUUGCUUUUGUUGUCUCUCAAAGUAGCUGGCAGUCAUGCUCAUGGUAACCAGGGGGGAAAUCUCUGGUCCCUGGCCCUCAGUGACAACCUUGUCUGAACUCCUGUUACUUUCAAAGAAAACAAAAGACAAAUUAAGCCCAAAGAACCUCAUAUUUAAUUUAAUAACUGUUCACUGCCCCACCUACUAACUGCAUUAUGCUUGAAACCUCAGUGCUGGUCCUGUUUUGCAUAUAUUCUCAAAAAAAGGUAGACUUUUUUCUGGAGAGGUGCAUUCUCUUAGUACUUCUACAGAAAGUAAAAAUCCAGAGGUGGACUUUUGGCUUUUUAUAACUUUUAGGAGAAAUGUUCUUAUUUAAUCCUUUCACUCCUGGGAAACUGCGAAAUUGAAAUGUAAGAAUGAAGAUGAACUUUUAUGAUCAGAUAGGUUAUUAAUUUUUUUUUAUGCUCACACUCCAGGAUUUGGCCCUGCAGACUCAAAAAGGGAGAGCUGCAUUUCAUUUCCUCCUAAUUUUGACUGUGGAAACUAUUAAUGGUUAAUCUUGUUUGAUUCUUUGCAGAUUAAGUUUAAUUCAAUGGUGAAUUAUGAAUGGGAGCUUAAGUACUACAGAGGUGCUUUGAUAGCUGUUAGCAGCAAGUGUAUUGCCUAUGCUCUUAAAGGUACAUACUCCAUAAUAAUUCCAAUAUUAAUAAUAAUUAUUGUAGGCUUUAUUCACUGUAUUGAAAUUUCUGUAUAUUUGUUAUUUUUGAUGCCUGCAAACGUUUCUGACAGGUCGUCAAGGAUAUGUUGUAAGGCUCUUGAACCCUGAAACAGCUUCUAGGACGCUGAUUAAAGGAUUUGUUGGUACGAUCAGUGAGUUGGCCUUCAGUCACGGAGACUCUGACACUCUGGCUUGUGUUGAUGAGGGUGGUAAUGUCUACAUCUGGGUCAUUCACGAGGAAAAUGGAAAACUUGAGUAUCCUGUUGAUGACAUGUUGUUUACAUCAAAAUCUUAUUUCAGUAUUAUCGUAAACUGAAUUAAAUUUGGGAAUUUUAUUAUUAACUAAUUGAAAAUUCUCUAGGGGAAAAUGUGGAUAGCUUUAAGCCCAUGCAGGGAGAGUGCAAAUGCAAAGAAUUUUGCUUACAAAUGAGGCUUGGAUUUAAAAUUUGCUCGUGUUACGUAAUCAUACAUUUGGGCCCUUUAGUCAAAUCCUGGAUCCUAGAAAACAAGAGUUUGAGGUAUUUUAUGAUGACCUUGACCCUGUCCUAAGUUACUCAGUAAAACUUCACAUUAAACGUCCUGCUGGCACUCUCUGUGAACAUCACAGAUUGGUAUGGACUCCAUAUAUGGUGGAUACCGAGGAGCAGGAAAGAAACACCGAACCUUCAGGACCAUUAGCUAUCACACAUAAUAACCAGGUAAUACAUACAGAUCACUUACAUUCGAACUUGAUAAAAACUGAACGUUUAAAUUACAGACAACUGUACCUGAUCUGGACACUUUUUUUCAAAUUGGAGAAAAAGCACCAGUAACACUGUCAUCAAAAUAAUGUCGUUAAUAAUUCAGAGAACAAACCAGUUCACGCACCUCCCCCCCUUCCCUCUAUUCUAAGUCAGGGUGUUUGUUGUUUGCUACAGGUUAGUUCGAACAGCAACACAAUAUUGCAUUCAGGGGGUGGGGGAAGGAAAGCUUUAUUUUCCCCUUUUCAAGUAGGCAGAAUGUCAGAAAGGCCCUUCAGUGAGGAAAAAGUUUAAAGAGCACCAUUUCACUGAAAGUGUGAUAUCGUUCCCAUUAGAAUAUCAUUUUUGUCCCAAAAAGGUUUUUGUGCAUCAUUAUAUUUUCACAUUGGUUCUUUUAACUCUUUCACUGCCAAAUGUAGCCAAAGGAAAAUAUCGACCAAGUUUGCCAAUUUCAUUUUGUAAAAUUUUGAAAAACACAUAGCACCAUGCGACAGUACAGGCAGAGAGCUUUCAUUUGAAUGGUCACAUCAUAGGAUUUUGUCCAGACCUGAAAGUUAGAGUCAUCUUACAAACUCCACCAAGCACUCUGGCAGUGAAAGGGUUAAGCUACCUGCUAACACAGAUAGUGGAAAAGAGACAUCAUGAUCUUGCUUUUUCUAGGUGGAAGUGAUAGACAUUGACACUCUGUCUCAAUGGUGUGGACGAACAGAAGUAGCUGUUGAUGAAAUAAGGCAAGGAGAAGGGUAUUUGGAAAUCACCGAUGGGCACACAAAGGUAGAGUAAUGUGUUCAAAUGAAAUUUCAGUUUAACCUGAGAAUGGAUUUUACCAAUACAUUUUAAGGCUUCUUCACUUUAAACAAAGUGUUGUUUAUGCACUAGAUAAAAUAUGAGUAGAGAUAUGUAUGCCUGUGGGCUUUUAUAGUGGUGAGCCAAAGGCAAGCAACUGUAUAGCCCAUACAGAUCUGACACGAAUAUUUUUAUCAUACUUGUGAAAUGAGACAAACAGUAUCAAAUGUUAAUUGUACUGUUUAAUUAUAAAUUCAUUCAUUAAUCCAGUUGUCGAUUUUUGAGGUGUAAAUGUGACUCAAAUACUACCUAUGGACUGCUCAUAACUUUGUUGAAUGAUAAAUGAAUUUGACUUCUUAAUUUAAAUUUGUCUUAGCAAAUCACUGAGGGUUCUUUGUCUCCUGAUGGAUCAGUACUUGCAACAGCCAGCGAAGAUGGCUUCAUCAAAUUUUGGCAAUUGUCUGACAAAGUAGAGUGUAUGCAUGAAUUUCAACCACACGAUGGUUUACCGUUGUCAUGUAUGGUGUUCACUGAUAAUCAGUUGUCACAAGAUAAAGAGUAAGUGACAGAUUGAAUGAAAAAAGAAGCGACAAUACUCGUCAUGAAACACUGAAACAGACACCAUAAGAUUUCUUUUGAAUUUUCUUGAAAAUUUCUUGGAAACACUCUUCACUCCUUUGUUCUCAGAUGUGCCCUUCUCCUUCCCCAAUGUCAAGCCAUACUUAUUUUGGGGCAGUGAGGCCCAGUUCAAACGGCGAUCUUGUUAUGUACUGAACUUAAUACCUAUUAAGGUCGACCCAAAUGAUACAAGUUUAAUAGUUCAUUCAGAUGUCGAACUUUGUUAGUCAGACUCAAUUCAUUUUCAUGAUGUUCGAUGGUCUAAAAUGCUUACAAGAAAAAAUAAAUUUUGGUAAUUUACGCAUCAGGUUUGGUGCAUGAGAAUUUCGGCGUUUGUAAUGAAGUUGCUUUACAAUCGAAAUUCGGUCAGUGUAAAACGCAGACUGCGGACUGCAGACUGCAGACUGCGGACCAGGGGUAAAAUGCAGAGAGAGUGUAAAAUGCAGACUGCAGACUGAGAGUAAAACGCAGGCUGGGUGCAAAAUGCAGAAUGAAGACUGUACUUCUUCUUGUUCAAAUAGCUAGCUGGCAAUCAGUUACACACCUCGCUUCCUAGUUGAAGUACAUUACACAUUCUCGCCAAAAGUUCAAUGAACAUUCAAACAGCUAAAGUCUGCUUACCUUGAUUUUCAAUCCUUUCAUAGAAGGUCAUCGAAAUUUCCUGCAGAACAUCUUCCUUUGUUGUUGGAAUGAUUUACUCCCUUUUUUAUUGCCAGAAUUCUUUCUGUUCAUUAUUUUGGGUCAGCAGCUUUUAUUUAAGCGUAAACAUCAUUGUGUUGUACCAAUUCACGGUCACCUGUAUCGAAAGUUGAAGCGUGAGGUCUCUUGAACGGAAAAAAGGUUAAAGAUUGCGAUUACUAGUAUGUUUUCGCGUCGUCGGCGACGUUCCAGAGCGAGGAAGGAAUGGAUUUGUGAAAGGAGAUGUCAAGUAAGUGUAAGUGGUGUUGUUUACAUGUAUUUUGGGGAUUGUUUUGCCCUUAAACCUUUCCGCGACUACAGUUUAUGUUCGGUCUGCAUUUUACCCCAACCUGCGUUUUACUCUUAGUCUGCAGUCUGCAUUUUACACACAGUCUGCAUUUUACCCCUGGUCCGCAGUCUGCAGUCUGCAGUCCGCCGUCUGUGUUUUACACUGACCGAAUCGAAAUUCCCAUGUGGGCUACUCAAUCUUUUUUCAUGGGUCUCAAAUUAGACAUGUCAAACUUAAUUAAUUCAAACAUCAAUCUCUUCAUGUACUUAAUAUGAAUGGAUUAGGUUCAGCACGUGAAAAGUGGGCCCGAGGUGACUGUAAUACCCAAAUUUGGCAACCUUGGGAAAAAGAUAACAACACACAAGUGUUUCAACAUUUUUGACAAGUAUUGUAGUGCAAAGACACAUGUCGUCAACCCUAAGUAUCCUAAUCCCUUACACUAAAGUGAAAGCAGUUCCUCAGGAUAGUGGCUUGAGUGAGCAAAUCAGGCAACUGAGUGAGGGAAUAGCAGAUACAUUGUAACUUGUGGCAAAGCAGGGAAGUUGCCCUCUUAUUCAUUCACUUUCUCCAUUCCUUGUGAGCCUUGCCUCAACGAUCUGAAAGAGGACUGUCUACAAUCUACCCUUAAAAAUGGUAAUAAGACUGGGCGGAGUCCAACCAUGCAAGUGUUUAAACAAAAUCAGACAAGAACGGAACCCAUUCAUGUGCAAAUGUCCAAUCACAGCGCCCAAGAUGGCAGGUCCUGUCAGAUUACUCAUAGCCAUGAUGCAGAUUGACCUAUUACACUGUCCUAUUAAUGCUGAAAUCAUAGUUGCUGAUUGCCAUCCAGAUUUGAGAAUUUUGUUUUAGUGGUGAUUUUUGAUUAGUUACUGUUACAAUGAAUGGCAAGGUAGUCUCACUUGGUUGUCCAGGCUUGCAUGAAAAGAGGCAUGAAAAUAUGCUUUUUUGGGGGUUCAUAAAGUUUUUGUUAUUUCAGAAGUAAUAGUGUCUCUGAAUCCAUCAAACGUUUGUAACAUGUAACACAGUACGAGCUUUAUUAUAACAGAGAAAUGAUAAUAGUGGUCCCAUCAAGUAUUUUUGUUUAUUGAUGAAUUUGUUUCGUUUUCCUCAGACUCCCAAUGUGGAGAUUUUUAAUCACAGGAGCUCAAUUUAACAGAGAGAUUAAAGUUUGGUGUACAGUUACCUGGUCUUGCCUACAAACAAUAAGGUGAUUAGGCUGCAUUUAUUCUUAUGAAAAACUUCCUUUUUGCAUGUUUUUCUUUCUCGACUAAUCUUCUGUUGAUGGAUUGUCAUUUUUCUGCGUUAUGUGUAGAUUUACAUCUCCUGACGUUCCAGGCUCAAGGUAAGUCAUUAAAAUAGAAUGUAAUUUGACUGUGGUCGGACAAGAGAAUAAAAUGUUUGCUCUGUUCUGCAGCCCAGUUAGAAUGUUUUGCAGUAGUCAGCAGGAUAAACGAGAGUAGAAGGCAGCAAAGGGUUUAAGCUCGUUUGGUUUUUGUUUACGCUAUUAAACUGAAGUGUUAAAAGGUAUCUAAUAUUCCAUUGGAAGCAGCAAAAUUGCCAGUUGCUGGCUCAUUUUGAGUGGUGAAAUUAACCCAAAAAUCUGUCUGCCAUCUGUCGGUAGAUUGUCGACAGACAGUUCACCGACAAACAAUCAACAGCUCUAUAUACUGCAACAACUUGAAGCAAUAGUUCCAUGUCUCAAAAAAAUGUGUUGACGUCAACAGACAAGUGACCAACAGUUAAACAGCUGUCGGCCAACACUACUCGGUUUAAAUUGGGAAAACUGUUGGCCAACUGUUUGUUAUUUUUUGGCAGACAGUGGGCUGUUUGUUGGUCAACUGUCAGUUGACUGUUGGUCAUAGUCUACCAAUGGAUAGCUAACAGAUUUUUGGGGGAGCUGUUCUUCGAUUUUACCUUUUGAGUGGGCUGGAUGUGUUACACCAACUUGUUAAAGGCAUCUUUGUUAAGUUUACAUGUGUUCACAACAUAUAUGCUACUGAGAUUCUGAUUCUGUUUGUGUUUUUUGCCUUAUAUCCUUUAGUUCAAUCAAACACUCAUUUCUGAAAGUGAGUUUGGACCUGUCAGCCUCUUAUUUAGUUGUAUCGGAUGUUAUAAAAAAGGUAAGAAUAUAGAAUAAUUUCCCCUUGUGGCAUUCCAAGUGGGAAUGGGGGGGAGCAAAUUUCCAUAUAAAAGUGAAGUGGAUGAAAAAAUUUAAUGCUCUUUAACUGUGCGUUUUACUGUACUCAAAUAUGUGAUCUAUGUAUUGACUGACUUGAAAUGCUUUGUGAAAAACCAUGAAUCAUAGAUUGAAGGUAAAUUUAAAUAUUCAUACCAUACCUACAAUUUUAUAAUUUGAGAGUAACCAGUGCUUUUGAUUCCAAGCAUUUUGUGUUGCAUCCUAUUUCACCCUUCUUUCAUGGCAAUCAACAAGAAAAGAAGUUGUGAAGGACAGAACCCUCUUCAAGAUCGAAAUUUAUUGUCACUGACUAGAGAGAAUAUGAAAAAAUUUUAAAAUCUAGCCAUAUAUUUUUUAUAAGGUACACAUACUGUGUCAGCUCCUACUUUAUUGACUACAGGUCUUCAAGGUCACACUGAUUGCUCACACUAAAUUGUUUAAAGGAUGUGUGGAAGAAUAAUGUCGUCAAGGUAUUUCAGAGUCCAUGCCGUAAGCUAAAGUGUGUGUUAUUCUCUCUCACUUUUAUUACCAGGUUCUUUACGUAUUUAUGUUCCAUCAAGACUUUGAAGAAGGCCAAGCACACGUCACAUCGGUAGCAGAAUUCCUACUCACUCAACCGCUGCUAAGCUUUGUCGUUGGCCAAGUCAAACGCUUCAAACUCAAAUCAAAUGUAGAACAAAAUGGCGAAGAAAAUGGGGAUAACCAUGUUGAUGAUGACAUUCACACGUCACAUUUAGGGCUAGACGAAAUAGCUACCGGAGAAGAUACAGGAAAGAAAUUUGGUGUCCAGUUACAACUGUUUUGCAUUCAAACCAAGUAAGACUAACCCAAGUUACUUACAUCAUAAUUAUUUUGGUGUCACCAAUAAAAUAAUACAGUUGUUUCUCUUUUACACAUCGCAUGUUCUGUUGCCAAGAUAAUGGAUGGUCACUGAAAUGAAAAAGUUAGUAAUACAUAAAUUUUAGGGUUUUGAUGUGAAGAAAUAUCGUAAUUAACCAACCUGAAGGUAAAUUUUCUUGAAUACCAGAAUCUUUUGUUCUGUUUUUUUUUUUUUACCUCAUAGAAGUCUUUUCUUGGCUCAAAAACAUAUUACAAAAGCGAAAAUCUACAAGAAAACAUCAACAAAAGAUGGUUGUUCUCCUACCCCAUGAACUUUGAAUGACUAAAUAGUUUGUAAAUUUAAUAUAAUGGUACAGUUGCUGAUUUUUAUGUGUUUUGUCUGGAGAUCUCUGAAAGCUGGCUUACUAUCAAUCUCUUCAAGUGGGAUGAAAAAACAGUAAAAUCAAACAGGAGACCAUUAUAACAGCCCAAGACAUUCAGUCUCUUACUUCAGAAUGGCAGUUUUGUCAUCUGAAUCAACCAUCACAAAGUCAAAUUGUGACCUUGAAUUUUGUUUUUGCCCUUUCAGAGCAAUGCAAGAACUGCUAAUACACUUCCAUCCACAGCCGUCAGUUCCCCCACCCACCCCUUCCACAUUGUCAUCACUUACAACCACAACAGGCCAAUCUGGUAAGUGCUUUGUUUUUGUUGAUAUCUUCGUAGGAUGCAUUUAAUAAAAUGAAGGCUAAAUGACCAUGCAGAUCUAGUCUAUCAUAUUAACAGAGUUAAAUUGCAGUACAUAGAACCAAAUCUCCGUGUGUUUCUCUGUGUUGCAGACACCAUUGUUGGUUCCCUUUUUUGUUGUUGUAUGGGUAUAGUCUAGUGACCUCUCAGUGUUUUUUAUCAGCCCUUUCAUUGCUAGAGUAAAUGAUGGAGUCUUCCAAGGGUGGCUGUAACUAUCGUGUCUAUGAAGGAAAUCCUACUUUGUGACCAUUCAAAUAAAAAUCUCUUUGGCAGUACUUUCACAUGGUAAUGUUUGUUUUGUGUAGCAUUUUACAAGAUAAAUUCUGAAAUUUUGAUAAAAUUUGACUUAAUCCAUUUUUUAGAGUAACUGGGUUAGGUCUUUUUUAUUUUAGUUUUUGUACCAUCUGCAAUACCAUAAAUUUAAACUGCCAAUAUUCUGUUUUUGAAGGCAUCAUGACAGAAGUGACCAGGUCUCAUAUUUGAACUUCCAUGCACUGACCUUUUUACCAACACAGACACUACCACAUGAAACAAAAGAGGGCGUUUGAAUACCUGCAUACUGAAGACAUCAUUACCACCAGUUCAUUAAGUUAAGCGUGAGUGUAGGGUGAAUAAUAAUUAUGUUUUCUCUUUCAUGUAGUUAUCCAUGAUGCACUGUCUGACUUGAGUGGAAUAGAAACAGGCUCUGAAGCCAGCACUAAUAUUGAAGAUCCCGAAGAUAGUACAGAUGGUCCAAAUCCAGUUCGCGCUAAGCUGAUCACACCCGAAGCCUUCAAAACUAGUGCAUCUAAAGGCUUACCUCAGUCUGAGGUUAAAAACAGCAGUGGCAGCAGUGUGACCAUGGUUUCUGGUCUGAAUAAUUCACAGGGGUCAGUUGAUGAGUUGCUUGGUUCAUCAGUGUCAUCUCGACUGUCUGACACUACUAUCAGGUCAAGUAAUUCAGCGACACCUCAGGGGUCUUUUGCUCAAGAGAGUGGUAUUCUAACUCCCACAUCUUUACCUCUUCCUCCAUCACCAACUGUUACGGGUGCACCUGACCCCAGUUCUGUCCCAAUUCCAAACUUUCGUUCUAGUCCUCGUGGGGAGACCAGCCCUCAGUCAUCGGUCAAAGAACCUGUUGUAAAUAGUGAAACUGAAGCUGCUGUUUGCAGUUCAGUGAUUCAAAAUUUAGAAAAUGGGUCAAGUGGUUCCAGGGGCACAGCCCUAAAAGACAGGGGUGCAACAGGGAGUCCUGUCGGAAGACAAGUGGAUGUUGAAGCAUCAGCUGAUGAUGAAGCAAAGGACGAAGGUGACGAGGAGCUUCCGGAGUCGCAGAAACCAGAGGCUGAAAUACAGGAAGAAAUAAAUGAAAGGGAACGAAAAUCUAGUUCAGGUUCAAGCACAAGUGAAAGUUUAAGACCUUUAUCUGCUAGGGCGGCUGAAGGAAACCUGAUAAGUUUGGAAGAUAACAUGAAAGGCAAAGAAGAUGACGUUCAAGCAGAUGGAGAAGAUGCUUUCACAGAUGACAGGCUGAUGGAACAGUGGGAAAUGAACGUUGAUGAUGAAGCAGUUCCAACUGGACGAGAAAGUCCCGAGUCAGCCCAUGCACUGCCUGUCAGCACUCCAGUGAUGCCCAGUGCACGGAGAAAGCAGCCUUCAAUCCACACAAGGUAUCAGCUUAACCCUUUAAAUCCCAAGAGUGACCAACACUUAUUUUCUCCGAACAAUAUCAGUACAUUCCCUUAAAAUUCCCAGCAUAAUUAAUAACAAUGUAUAAAUGAUGGAGUUGUAAUGUUUCAGGACUCAAAAAAGGUGACCAUUUAAGCUCCCUUUGCCCAAUUUAGGGGUGUAGCGUGAGAUUUUGAAGGAGUACGCACGCGGGGAAGAAAAGAUGUAGUGCCGAAGGCGGCUCAACCUUAGGGGGGCUGGGGCAUGUCCCCCUUAAUUUAGGGUCUCGGAAUUGCCAUUUCCAGCCUUUUCUGCAAGACAUUUUCAGGAAAUUAAUACACAGGAAAACGAGUAGUUAGUUGUUUAUUUUACCCAUCUCUAGUGUUAUCCGUAAGGUACAGUGUUUACGGAAAAAAAGGGCCAGUGACGCCAUUAGAAUUAUGGAAUAAUAAAAGUCAAAGAAAGACUAACACAAAGACACCAAUAUAGUUGGAAAAAUGUAUCAGUCAUCCCGAUUUAAUGAUGAAAAAAGGCUUUUUCAGGGAAUAAAAAGCAUAUAAUUUUUCCAUAUUUCAUGACAUGUAAGCACGGGUCUAUGUGCGUAUAUGGACGCUACGCUUCUGCAAUGGGCAAGUGUCCAGGUAAGCCAUAGAUCUUCAAACUAAAUCAUUAACCUUUUAAACCCCAGUAUCCACAUACCAAUUCUCGUGACUGAUCUCCAUACAUUUCCUUAAGGAAUUAGUUGAGAGAAUUUGAUAAUUCUAUAUCUUUUCUGUUGGUGAUGUAUGGAUGUUGUCAGGAGAAAAUUGAUGUUGGUCACUGCGCCUGACAAGACAAGCACUGAAGUAAUGGCCCUCGGUAUGCAUGUGAGAGGUGCUUGUCCAGAGGGCAAGAUGGAAUUCAAGCUUUUUUUGAGUCCCGCUUUUGAUUCUUUGGAUGAUAUUCUAAAAUGUGACCCUUCAAAUGAAAGCUCUUCUGCUGUACUUUCUCUAGUGUGCUUUUUAAAAGGCUGAAAAAUGAAAUCCUGCAUUUCUUGUGAAUAUUGGUGUGCAUCAGUUUGAUAUACGUGUUUCUUAAAUAUGAAUUAUUAUUGGUGGAAAAUUUCGUCACAAAUGUUUGCAAAAUUUAUUGUACCAUAAAUCACAAAGCAGCAAAUUUUCCCAACAUCUUUUUUUUUUCUCUUUUGAUUUUAGUUUUGUCUCUACUCCUGUUUCUGCACUGGAUAUUCCACCACAGCCCAUUCCAGGAAGCAGUGUGGUAAGAAAGAACUAACAACUUUUAGUAAAAUCCAACUAGUGGUCUAUUAUCAGUGCUGCGUUGUGAUUGGUUGAGCUACUACUAGGCUAUAUGUUAUAGCCCACUAGUAGCGAAAAGCGAGGGCUUUUUGGCGGCAAAAAAGGAUUAAAGUCUAGCUUUAACUGGCUAAAAGUUUUUUAUUCUCGAUAUUUUUGACCAACUAGUUAAAUUUUACUAAAACAAUUAUUCCUAUCGCCCUCAUGGCCUCUGAGUCGAUGGCCCAUUCAACCUUCGGCCUCAUGGGCUACUGAUUCAGAGCCUAUUCGGGCUCGAAGAAUAAUUGUUAAAUAGUUGAACUCUAUUAAGCGGCCACUCUCCAUUAAUCGGCCAGUAAUCAAAAUCCCAAAUAAUUGUUGAAAAGAAUAGGAAAUUAAUGAUGAGGCUAUCAUUUUUAGCAAAAAUUAAAUUUUAUUAAGAGCAUUCAAUGACUGUUUCAGGGAGCAAAUAUUCCCUAGUAAAAAAAUUCUAAAGUUCAUGAAAGGCUUUAAAUUUCAGCACAACUUUCCAUUUUUCUGAGUUACGCAGAGUUUUUCUACUUUAACCUAUCUAAGGUUUUUGGAGGUCGUGUUUUUUCCAUAUUUUAUUACCAAGAUAUUAGGUUGAUAGAUCGUUUUCACUGUCACGCAACAAAAAAAUAAAUUGGAAACCGUCCAGUGGAAGAAGCCAAGAAAAUGAAAUGUUAUAAAAGACUCAAAUAUAAACGAUUUGUCCAAGUUUCAGGUCUUUGUGGCCCACAGUUUCUGAGUUAUUUGCCGAAACGUUUCAUGCACCUUUGUAGAGCUUUGUAUGGAGACACCAUAUUGGUAUACUGUUUUGGUCCACCAACAUGGCCGCCGGAAAUCAACAAUAAAAAAACGAUAAAACCUCGCUAUUUUGACUUUACAAUUUGAUGUGAACCAUCUAUUGUUUAAAAAGGUCUCCUUAAAAUAUCACUGUAAAUAACAAAUGUCCCCAAGAAUCAUCCUUAGAACUGUCGGCUAUUUGAGACACUUCUGAUUCACCAGUAUUUACAAACAUUCGGUUGUUGGGUGUCCCUGCUUUAUAGCCAGCUACUGAACUGCUGAAACAAGUUCCUUUAAUGACUCGUUAAUUAACAGUCUGUCAUCUAAAUGUUUCAGGAUAAUAGUAUCUUGUCAUCCAUUGGUGAACUGGUGAGUUUGGUCAAGGCUCAACAGAAGGACAUACAAGAGCUUCAACAGCGGCUGGACCGAUACCAAGCUGCCCAACAGCAGCAAAUGACAACAGUGUCAAAUGAGGUUCAAAUGAUUGAAGAGAGAGUGUCUGGCAGACUACAAAGGACUCUUACUGACUUCUCGAAAGAGGAAUGUAUCCUUCAUCCACUGUUCCUGUCAUAAGGUUGCCAGGACUACAGUUUCGACACCUACGUAACGUGUUUUGCUAGAAGGUAUUCUAGUCAAUGCCUCAGUUGUUCAGAAGGUGAAUAACGCUAUCCACCGGAUAAAUCUCUAUCCACUGGUUGGCGCAAUUGGUGUCCCCAAUACUUAUCCACUGGAAAGUGAUUUAUCCGGUGGAUAGUGCCAUCUAGCUUUUGAACAAACGCGGCUAGGAGUGGGGCUUUUAAGCUAUGAUGACAAUUUUUGCUGCUUUUGUCAAGACACUGCAUUUCUUUUCUCAUUUUGUGAUCAGGUAUAUUGCUCAUUCAUUGAAACCCUAGGAACUUUUGUUUGCCUUGUGAUCAGUUGCUCACUGCAUAAAUUACAGACAAGGCUAACUCAACAGUCUUAAGUGAAAGACGCACUUCCCAAAAUAAAUAACACAACACUGCAGUUUAAGGAAUAGCAAAUUUCCUUUUCAAAAUUAGCGCUGGACGUAUUUUCAUCUUGUUAAAAAGUUUGUGUGUUUAAGAGUUCUGUUCACAUGGAACCACCUUAUCCGUCUGAAAAUUGAGAUGCCUAGCCAACUAUGGCCUAAAGUUCUGUGUGAACACAGCGAAAAUAUUAAAUGGUCCCUUGUUAAGGAGGUGUCCUGCCAAAUUUUUAGCCAGUGGAAAAUUCGCUCCGAUGCCUUGUGAACGUAGCUUGAUCCAUGGCUCACAAUAUUGUGCCAGUGAUAUUUCACCAGUCUUGCUCUCUUUGAUAGAUUUUUAUCAGUUUUAAGUUCAAGGGUUUCCAGAACGGUUUUGGGAAGAUACUUUCUUUAACCAACCUCAUAGCCCAGCGUCUAGAUAAAGCUCUACGCGAGAAACAUUCCGGAGAUAAGAAAAGACAGGAGCAAUUGCAGAGUACAUUAUCACAAGCGCUAACCACAACCUUGUCAGGAAAACUGGACAAAGCAGUGAAAGCUGAAGUUAAGAGUUCUGUUGUACCUACAGUACAAAAAGUAUUGAACUCCAUACAGGAACAACUUAAUACUACACUGGCACAGGUAGGUAAUGAUCGGCUAAGCUGCUCCUGAGCCACAGGUAAUCCAACCCUUCUUUACCCCAUUCAGAAAGGGCUCGAAAAAAGUCCCAUACGUUAGUCUAGGACGAGUAGAUCUUCUUACUGGGCAAGUUGCUCACUUGCCCCUUGGCAAGUUAUCCUCUAACAAAAUCAUUAACUACGAUAGGCACUGAAGUAGUUGGCCCGGGCAAGAAAAAUGGUGAGAGCUGCUUGCCCAAAAGAUGUGCUGGACCUGGAAUUCAAGAUUUUUUUUUAGCCCUGGUCUCUGAUAAGGAAUUCAACUUUUUUUCGAGCCUUCGUCACUGAUGAGGGUAAUCAGAGUAUGAAUGGGAAAAAAGGGCAGACUUCAUUAGUAGUGAAAUACGGAAAUAUAGUACUGUACUAUAGUACUGGCUAGUAGGCCGGGGGUGGGGGCUUCAUUCUGAACUGACCAGCUUCGAAGGAACCCGAAAGCAACCACCGCAUGAAAGAGAUCUUCAAACCUUGGCUUUUUGGGUGGCUGCUUGUUGGAGGUUAGACUGUAUUACUGCUUUCCCUGGAUUGGAAACUGGCUGAUCCCUACAUUAUGUUGCAGAUGCCUUGGUAUUUAUACCCAUUUUGCACUGAAUUAAGAAAAAACAACAGGGGUUCAUUUGAGUUCAGUUCGUUUUGUCAGCAAUACACUUGUUAUAAACGAUUUAGUAUUCUUCAUGUCAUGAGUUUGGCGGAAAGAACAAAUCUGAGUUACAUCGGGAUUCAUGCUAUCCCCCAAACAACAGUGUGGAUGCUCUUAGCUGUAGCCUGCAGUGCAGGUGUUUAGGGGGGAUAGGAAAGAAAACAGCACAAUUUUCUACCCCUUCUCCCCCGGUCCUAUCCACUUUUUUCCCCUUUCACCCUAAUGAGUGCUUUUGUUAUUCCCCCAAUUUUGCUCUGCUUCAAAAAUCAAAGAUGGCUUCCGCAGACAAGCUGAAUGAUCAUUCACCCGAAAAAUUAUGCGUGUACCACAGGCUACCUAAAUGCAGAGGAACUCGUGGUACACCAGGCUAUCUUGUAGUAAAAUGUGAAGUAAUCACAUCAGAAAUGCUUAUUUACGAUAGAGACUUUCCCUGUAGCUUUCUAGUUUAGUUAUAUCCCUGCUAAUUUUGGUUUUCUUGAUAGAAACUAACAGCUGCCGAUGCUGUUUUGAAGGAGGGUAUUGCAAAAAUGGUCAAAAGCAAGGUAUGAUAUGCAAGAAACGAAACACGUUUGGACCAAAGCGGUCAGUUUAUAAACAGAUGGAUAAUGUGACUCUUACUAUUGCUUUUUGUGGUUUUGUGAACAGGGUGUGGUCGAUGCAAUAGGCGGUGCUGCAGCCAGUGCAUUGCAGGGUCCUAUUCAGGUCACUUAUCGUGAAGCAUUCCAGAGCACCAUCCUGCCAUCCUUCGAGAGGGCCUGCCAGAACAUGUUCCAGCAGAUCAAUGAGUCUUUUCAUAAAGGAACUCAGCAAUGUAAGUUUUAAUCUGUUCUGCAGGGAUGUUUAUUUCAUUAUAAUUCUGCAGCUUCAAUCCCUGGCUAUGACCAGUCAGUUAGGUCAGUCAGUCAGUUUCAUUUGAAAAACAUACUAAGAUGUUGGCAUUUGCUGAAGGGAGUGUUUGACCGUCCCAGCAUCGACUAUCAACAAUGUUUGCGACGAUUGGUUGUCUUUAGGUAUUAGAGAGCUUUAGAUUCUAAGACGAGAACAUCUACGAGUACAAGAUUUUCGCAAUAGUAAGUAGUGCUCACGCGUGAACCAGCGUCAUUUUGGCGGGAAAACGUGGUAGCCGUCGUCACUCUACUACGAGUUUUAGCGAGAAUGUCGUAGUGGCGGGAACAAGUUAUUAGAAGUUUUAGCAUUUUGCAAUCUGGAGAGGGCUCAACCUCCUUCAAUAACGAUAACAGUGCUAAUUUCUGGUGGAAAAAAAUUCUAUGAAGAAUUCCGGGGUGUCUAUAAUUUGCGAAUACGCGAAAAAACUUUCAAUCAAAUCUCGUACUCGUAGUCGUUCUCGUCCUCCUAUCUAAAGGUGACCUCAAUUAAAAACCAGUAAAUACAGAACGUAUUUUGGUCAGUUCUGCUAUAGCCUGUUUGGAAGCACUUUUUCUAUACCGGUUAUAAGCCCUCUUGAAUAUACGCUCCACUGUUUAUAAGCCCUCCUCAAACCCCGUACGACGAUAUAUUAGCCCAGGGCUUAUAAUCGGCAGUUAACGGUAUCACAUUCUUAUUACAGACCUACAGCAGGUGACGACUGCUUUGGAUAAUCGUAGAAGAGAAGAAAGAGAAUCUGUGAACCCUGUUAUGCAGCAGCUAGAGGCACAGACCAAGUCAUUCCAGGCCAUGACAGAGAGACUAUCAUCAAACAUCAUGGCUGACUUUGAGGUCAUGUUACAGAAACAGCUCAGUUCAUCAAUAGAAGGGUACGAUGGUUUUAGGAUAACGUGUUCCGUAAAACGGGUUUGCGACCAUCCGUGCAAAUCGGUUACAAACUGUUCAAUCCUUAAUUGAACAGUUGGGGGGCAAACAGGGUCGACUCCUCAAGUUAAAGCUCUUAACCCUUUAGGUCGCAAAGGUGACCAACAUCAAUUUUCUCCUAACAACAUCAGCAGAUCAUCAAGAGUUAAAGUUAUGAGAAGUACUAAAUUGAUUACCAAAGGGAGAUCGCCUUGAUGUUAAACCAAAUUCUCUCAACUAUUCUUAAAAGAAAUAAAGAAAUCAGUCUGGAGAAUUUGUAUGUGGAUCUUGGGGCUUGAAGGGUUAAUUGUUACCCAAACGUUGAGGCCAGACUAAUAUAGAAGUUACUAUAAUAAGUUUAAUCACCUUUCUACAUCUCACCUCAGCUAUCAUCUUUGUGUCUCGUGGCAUAUAAGGCCUCCAUAAAGAAUUUCCACCUUUCUGGGUGAGCUGCUAUGGUUCUCGUUAGUGUAAGGACCCGCCACAGCAUUCUCUUGAUUACUUGAAUUCUCUCUGCUUCUGGUGUUUGUAAUAAUAGGGCUUUAUGGGAGAGGCUUCUCAGCCCUUUGCCCAACCCCAAGUAUAGUAACUUUAGCUUUUAAGUGUAAACUCACCCUCCUUGGAAACCAUCCGAAUUUUGUUGGGGCAGCCUUGUUUCUCUUUUCAUGUGACUGAUUCUGAAUAUUCACUAUCCUAUUUACCUCAAUCUGGAGGACCGCAGAGGUUCACACUUACUGUGGUCUCUACUCUUCGACCUGUUCGACAUGAGUGGCUUUUGAAAUGAUGGAUAGCGCUAUCCACCAGAUUAAUCUCUGUCCUGCGGAUAACGCAAUUGAUUUUCGUAAUACUUAUCCGCUGGAUAGUGAUUUAUCCGGUGGAAAGCGCAAUCAAACUGGAGCAAGGAGUCUAAGACCCAGUCGACUUACUUCUUUGGGUCAUUAGGCUGAUUUAGCAACAGAACGGGAACGUCAGUUCACAACGGCUCGCGCAAAUCAAACAACUGGCUUGACCAAUGGCAGAGCGGCAAAUUGGGUACCGGAAGUCGUGUUUAGUCCUUUCUGCGCGCUUUCCCGUCGCCAACUGACGUUCCCGUCCUGUUGCUAAAUCAGCCUAUUGACUUACGCAAACCACUCCAUCACGCCAAGGUGAUCAUCCCUUCGGAUCGGAAAUCAGUUUCAUACGAUGAUGGAAUUUAUAAUUUCCCUUCGUAGGUUGCGCGAGGAAAUAUUUUCACGCCUCUUGUCAGAGGUCUUAGCUUCAGUGCAAGACUCGGUUCAAAAGGAAAUGGGAUUGGGCCUAGAAGGGCUCCGUCAACAGCUUAGUGAAAUGAUAGCUACCUCAGUGGAAAGCUCCACCCAGCAGGCUCCUGAUCUGGCACGCACUCAGGUGGGUACCAGAGAGCAACAUUGUAACAGCGCAGUUCCCUUCCCCCGCCCCCCCCCCCCCCCCCCAUCCCGUUGCUUUUAAGCCCAAAGGGAAAAACACAGAAAAAGACCCGGAAAAGAAAAAAAAAGAGAAAGUAGGGGGGGGGGGGGGGACGGGGAUGUUUUGUCGUUUAGAAGGGGAGGGUGGGGGAAAGAGGAGGCAAGUGCGAGGGGAUGUUGAGCGGGGGGGGAGUCUUGUACUUAGAGGGAGACUCUGUUCAAAAGGAAAUUGGGUUGGGCCUUACAAGGCCUCCUCAAAAGCUUAGUGAAAAGAUAGCGCCAUCAGGGGAAAACCCCCCCCAGGAGGGUCCUUGUCGGGGCCCCCCCCAGGGGGGUACCAGAGAGCAAACUUGUAAAAGGGCGGUUCCCUUCCCCCCCCCCCCCCCCCCCCUUCGUUUCCGUUUGCUUUAAAGCCAAAGGGAAGAAGCACAGAAGAAGCCUGGAAAAGGAGAAAAAAAUUGAAUUUGGGAGGGGGGAUCGCGACGGCUAUUUUUUGCUCAUUAGAGUCCGGCUGUGCAGAAAAGAGGACGGAAAGUUCAAGCGAUUUGCUAGAGCGGUAGUGACUUGCCGACACCGAUCGAUCCGAGAGAUACGUUUAUUUCGCUCAACGCACUGUUGUACAGUUAACUAUAGUUAAGAGAAGAGUCCACCAGUCCUUGUUAAAUGUGAGCAUUGGACAAUUCUCUAUUAUGUAGUAUUUGUCAAAACACACAAAGCGAAUCAGCGUGGCUUGGGAUUUUUCACGACCACCGGAUAUGGGAAGAUAAAAAUGUGAAUUUGGGGAAGGGGUGGCAGCCGCUAUUUUCUAGCUCGCUCUCGCUAGUCUUCCGCGCCUCUCCAGCUUGGCGAAAAGAAAAAAGGAAACGACUGUUACACAGGCUACCAUCGACCCUCCUCUUACCUCCCCCCGGGAGACAAAAUGGGGAUAUCGUGAAGACAUUUUGAGAGUUGAAGUGACUUCAUUUCUCUCUGCAGGUGUUGGUUUCACAGUUGUUGGAAUCUGGACAAUUGGGCCAAGCCUUCCAAGAGGUAUUGGAAUUACGUUCGGUUUGUUAUUGAAAUGUUCAUGUUGUUUAAUAAAUGGUGUUGAUGAGUAUCUUCAUCAUCAUCAUCAUUACCGUCGCCAUAGCAAUGGUUAUCAUUAUCAUUAUACCCUUCACCUAUUAGAGACCUUUAGAUUCGAGGACGAGAACGACUAAGAGUACGAGAUUUGACUUAAAGUUUUUUCGCGUAUUCUCAAAAUAUAGACUCCCCGGAAAGCUUCAAUUUGCCAUUUUCACCAGAAAAUUUAGCACUGUUACCUUUAGUGAAGGAGAUUAUACCCUCUCCCGAUUGCAAAAUGAUAAAACUUCUAACAUUUGAUAACUUGUUUUCCCCCCUUCGACAAUCUCGCUAAAUCUCGUAGUAGAGUGACGAUGGUUCACGCGUGAGCACUACUUACUAUUGAGAAAAUCUCGUACUGGUUUUCGUACUCGUCUUAGAAUCUAAAGGUCUCUAAUUCCAUCUUCACUACCAUCAUCAUCACCAUUGUCAUCAUAACCAUCACCACCAUCACUACCACCAUCAUCAUCACCACCAUCACUACCACCAUCAUCAUCACCACUAUCACUACCACCAUCAUCAUAGUCACCACUACUACCCAUCACCAUCAUUGUCUUCAGCUUCCUUACCUUAACCACCACCACCGCCACCAUCUCUUCGGAGUCUUCGUCAUCAUAAUGACAUCAUCAUCGUCAUUUUUGACCUCUGUAUAUUUUGUUGCAGGCCUUGACAGCAUCAGAUCUGAAUAUCGUCAUGUACGUUUGUGAACAAGUGGAUCCUGAGAGUGUGUUUUCUCAGUCACCUUGUCCCUUAUCGCAGCCUGUCUUGCUGUCUUUGAUACAACAGCUGUCAGUAGAUCUUACCGUUAACACGGAGCUUAAACACAAGUGAGUCUUAAUAGUUACAAGUUUGUUGCUUACGCAGCAGGACGGCAGAAAGAAGAGGACGGCAAAACGUUUUUGUGUGACAGGGUUGUUACUUGCUUGUUUUGGUGUGUUAUACACCUAACGUGACUGUAUUUUGGUUUUCACAAAAUUUCUGUUCAGAGGAAGGAGACGUUUGGUGGAAACGUUUUUCAAACAUUGUUAUUGUCACGCUUGUGACACAACGUUUACCAUCUUCUUUCCUUUGCCUUCCUUGCGUCCUAAUGCGUAAGUUAACAACGUUUAAGGUGUGGUAAAGCAUCAAACAUAAAAAUAAUUGGCUUUUGAUUCGGCCAGAAACCAAAGGAUUACGUAGCUAGAUAUGGUCAAAAGAUGGGGUGUCAGCUAGAAGUAAUGUACUGAGGUUAUACAGGCUGCGUUCUAACGAGUAAACGCGGCAUACAAACUUCUGUUAUGGCUUCGGAACACACGUGAACGACGAAAACGAUCGUCUUUAACUAUCUCCAGAUAACUGCUUUCUGAUGAGAGUUUUUGAUUUAGUUAUUUAAGUUAAGGCGACAUUGAGUAUUUUCAUUUCAGACGGUCCGCAUUCAACCAGUCAAUUGUAUCCUUCCCUUCUGUUCAAUUGACAGGUACAUAGAAGAAGCGCUCAUGUCAUUAGACACCACUGAUGAAGUGACAAGAGAGCACAUGCCCGCAGUUCUAGAAGGACUGUGUAAACAGCUGCAGUCUGCCAUCCAAGAAGCAACAGGUCCUAUGCAGCGUUCUCUUAAAAUGCUACAGAUGGCUGCAAGAUCACUGUUAAGAUAACUCAACAAGCAGUCAGUGUUGUGCCACGGAAGCAGAAUGGACCGCCCGUGUGGUUAUGUCGAGGAUGUACCUCAGAACAACCAAGAUGAGUUCGGGUCUGAAGAGAAGAGAAGAGACUGGCCAGCAAGAGGACCACAUCCUGUGAUGACCAAUAAUUAAUACGAACUAAUACGACUAAUGUUAAAAGUUA